CGGGCGACCGGGCGAUAUUAAUCGAACCCCCUCACUGGCCCGAUGCGAGCCAGCUCAAAGUGCCACGACUCCAUUUAAAGGAAGAGGAUUCCCAGACGGACUGCCUGAAAGAGAUAAUUUUGGGAAAUAGCUGCAUAUUUGACUUCAGAUUGAAAGAAAUUCAACGACAAAAUCCGUGCUUCUUCAACCGCCUCCAGAAGCGGUCUACAGUAGCUACAUCAGCAGGUAUAUAUAAAAAAUAAGGACAGCUAACCCGUCAUAGUGGUCAUCAUGGAUGUGUAUGACCCUCAGACGCUAGGCAUUAUGGUAUUUGGAGGCUUCAUGGUCAUCUCAGCCCUCGGCAUCGUCCUGGUCUCCACCUUCUCCAUGAAGGAGACCUCRUAUGAGGAGGCUCUGGCCCAGCAGCGUAGAGAGCUGGGCAAGAUGGCGCCUCCCAGCCAACUGACCAAGAAGGAGAAGAAGAAGGACAAGGUAUCUGAGAAGAAGAACCGUGGUAAGAAGAAGGAAGACAAGCCCAAUGGGAAGCUGCCAGAAUCGGAACCAGAGGAGGUCCCAGUGGCCGAACCUGAACCAACCCCAGCCCCAGAAAUAGUCACUGCUCCUGCCCCUGCCCCUGAACCAACCACUCACCAUGCUCCAGUUCCCACUGCCGUAGAGGCCCCACCUGCCCCUGCACCAAAGGAGAAGAAGAAGAAGGAGAAGAAGGUGGCUAAGGUAGAGCCAGCUCAGGUGGCCACCACCCCCAUUGCCCCCUCCAAGCCUGCACCAGUCCUGGAGGCUGUCACCAAGGAGGUCCCCGUGAUGGCAGUGCCCCCAGUGGGCUCCCAGCAGACUGCAGCCAAGGCUCAGGAGGCCAAGGCUCAGGAGGCCAAGGCUCAGGAGGCCAAGGCUCAGGAGGCCAAGGCUCAGGAGGCCAAGGCUCAGGAGGCCCAGAACUCUUCUAAGAAGAAGGUAUCUUCCAAGAAAAAAGCUGAGUCUGCCAUAGCAGUGGACUCUGGUCUGGAUUCCCCCCUGUACCUGCCCUACAGGGCCCUGGUCUCUACCGUUAGCAGUAUGGUGAUCAGUCAGGGAGAGGCCCAGCGCCUCAUAGAGAUCCUGUCUGACAAGGCUGGCAUCAGACAAGACACCUGGCACAUGGCUACUCAGAAGGGCGACCCGGUGGCUGUGAUGAAGAAACAGUUAGAGGAGAAUCAGAAACAGCUGGCAACUCAGCAAGAGGACGCCACCGCAGCCAAGAACAGACUGAGGGAACUCACCAAGGAGCUGUCUGCUGAGAAGUCCAAGGUGGCCAGUGUGGAAACCAGGCUGAGUUCCCAGCUCUCGUCCAGGGAGCAAGAGAUGAUCGCUCUGCAGGCUCGGAUGCAGGCCUCCUACCAGGACCACGUAGCACAGACACAGAAACUCACCGCCAAGGUCAUCAGUCUUCAGGAGCAGUUGGAGUCAGGUCCCACUGCCCAGCUGGCUUGUCUGCAGCAAGAGAACUCCAUCCUCAGAGAUGCCUUGAACCAGGCCACCAGCCAGGCAGAGAGCAAACAGAAUGCAGAGCUUGCCAAGCUGAGACAGGACUGUGCCAGACUGACCAAGGAGCUGGGGGAGAGGAGUGAGAGCCUUCAAGCUGAUGAGAAGGUCAAGAGAGGGCUGGAGACUAAGGUGUCUUCUGUAGAGAAACAACUUGCUCUACUGCAGGCCAGCCGUGUAGAGAGUGAGCAGGUGCUGCAGAGGAGGCUGGAGGAGAUUAGUGAGGAGUUGAGGAGUUCACAGAGCACCCUGGAGAAAGCCCAGCAGGACUCUACCACCCUCUCAGACAUUCAGGUCCAUGUGGGCAGGAUAGAGGCUGAUCUGAAAGAGCGUAGUGCCCAGGUGGAGGCCCUAACAGCCCAGCUGGAGCAGACCGAGCUGGAGAAGGGACAACUGGAGGAUCAGGUAGAAUCCAUCAACGUACUGCUGGAGGCCAGCCACAACAGAGACGUGGACGAGGACACGGAGAUGUGGAGUUGGUCUUUUCUCAACAACACCAAUCAUUUAUCUUCCAGUCUUCAGGACAGAGACAGUCAGUUGGCAUCACUCCAACAGAAGCUGAAGCAGCUCCAAGAAAUGAAACAGGAGGCUACUGUAAGUUCUGCAGUCGCUACAGCUGAGAGAGAGCGGGCACCUAACAGUGAGGAAGCAAGCCUGGUGGCAUCACUUCAGGAAGAACUGAAGCAGCUUAAAGAAGAGAUGGAGCAACUUAAAAACUCUCCCGCUGAUGUCACUGGAGAGACUGAACAGCUGCUCAACAGAAUGAAGGAGAGAACGAGCCAGGAAGUGAAGCAACUCAAAGAAACAUCAGAGCAGGCCCAGAGCAGCACUGCUCAGUCCGACAACACCGCAGAACUGGCGGCGCUACAAACCAGGUUGUUUAUUAGUCUGGCAGAGAGGGACGCUAUGAUGGCAUCACUACAGGUGGAGCUAAGGGAAGCCAGGGACCAAUCGCAGAAGGUACAGGAGACCCUUGCUCAGGUCCAGCAGAGCCAGGAAUCAGAGCCUAGCACAGAGCUGCCGGAGCUGUUGGAGAAACUUAAGGAAGCAGAGGACAGCCACGGGACACUGCAGGCAGAGUGUGACCAGUACAGAACGGUCCUGGCUGAAACAGAAGGAAUGCUGAAGUGCCUUCAGAAGAGUGUUGAAGAGGAGGAGCUGGUGUGGAAAUCCAAGAUGGCUGACUCUGAGGACCAAUUGAAGAAGGCCCUGGAACAAGUGCACACUCUGAAGGAGACUGCAGAUAGCUUGAAGGCAGAGAACCAAAGCAUAGAACAGAUGAAGGAGCAGUUGAUGCUGUUGGAAGCCCAGUUGGAGAAACAGUCCGAGACAGCCCCGACAGAGGAGGAAAUGGCACCGUUGAAGCAGCUACUGUCAGAGUCUCAGAGUCCGCURGAGUCAGCCCAUACGGAAGCCCAGACGCACAAGGAAGAGCUGGCUACGGUCAGAGGUCAGCUGAGCGAGGCGAUGAUGUGUGCUCAGAGGCAGGAGGCAGUCCCUGAAACCAGGGCACAGAACAGCCAAUCAGAGCCUGAGCUCAAGGUCCAGUCCCAGUUGAAUCAGACCACAAGAGGAGUUUGUAACAGGUACUAAAAUCUUCUCCCACCC